CAUCUUUCAGCGGAUUGUGGAAGGAUAUGCGCCAUACUCCUACCUAUUUGGAUGAUAUCCUGGUUUCUGGCCGCAUUGAUGCUGAACAUUUAAAUGCACUUCGGACGAUAUUUGAACGUUUGGAAACAAAUGGAAUGAAACUAAAGAAGUCCAAAU